AUGGCCCGGGCCUCUCAGUGCGGCUUCCUGGAGUUUACGCUGCUGGUAAUGUGCAGUUGGGAGGGAAUUGCUGCUUUUCCGAAUGCCUCUCCGCUGCUCAGCCCCAACUGGGGGAACACGGACAGCCUGCUGCACCUGUACACGUCCUCGGCAAGGAACAGUUUCCACCUGCAGAUUCACUCCAACGGCCACGUGGAUGGAAGUCCGCACCAAACCGUUUAUAGUGCCCUGGUCAUCAAAUCUGAAGGGGCAGGCUUUGUUGUGAUCAAUGGUGUGAAAAGCGGGCGCUAUCUCUGCAUGGACCUCAAUGGGGAUAUCUUUGGAUCACACUACUUCAGUUAUGAAGACUGCACUUUCAAACACUGGACCCUGGAAAAUGGUUACGACGUCUACCAGUCUCCAAAAUACAACUACCUAGUCAGCCUGGGUAAAGCGAAGCAACCUCUGUUCCCUGGUAUGAAUCCACCCCCUUUCUCCCAAUUCCUGUCGAGACGGAAUGAGAUUCCUUUAGUCCAGUUCAACACGCCAGAACCGCGCAGGUUUACCAGAGACGCCAACGCGGAUCCAUUUGGUAGCAUCAUCCCAGCGUCAAACCGCCUGAGAAAUUCCCAGAAGUUACAAGAACCCAGUGCGCAACCACCCCCGUCACGCCAUUUUGCUGAGGACAACAACAUCGACCCCCUUUGUGCAGUUGUCUCCAGAAAUAGUCCUCAUGGUUAA